CAGAAGAGGAGGGAAAUAGACAAGAGGGACCGUACAUACACAAACGGGACCCAGAACUUACCAGGUUCAAGUGAGCCCAGACAUAAUGUGGCGGCGUCACAUUAACCAAAUGCAUUCCACGGAAAACAGCACAACAAUCGAGAGAGAACAGGCACAGAGAGCUCCUGAGAGUGACACACAGGGAACUGUAGAGGACGGUGGGGCAGUAAAGAGACCCCAGGCUGAAAGAAGGGAACGUGUUGAUGAAGGUGCUGCUAUAGCAGAAGCUAUAAUGGAACAAGCACACACUGAGGAUGUUCAGGAGCCUCCAGACAAUCUUAGGCGCUACCCAGAACGAAGGCACCGUCCACCAGACAGACUGGACUUAUAAACAAACAAACAAAAACGAACUGUUCAAGUUCAAAUGAAAAGAUACUAAAUAACUACAACAAGUUCUGGGAAAUGUUUCAGUUGUGGUUUGGUAAAAGUAACUCUGAUUGUAUAAGAGAAGGAAUGUUAUGUUCUGUUAAUUACUGAUGUCCCCUUUAAGAAUGGAGCAUCCUUGGUCAUGCGCAGUGUUGUUCUAUGUUAUUGUUUUAGUAAAUGUGAAGCUCCAGUUCAAUUUCUUGUAUUCAGAGUCUUUCUUGUUAUAUAAAUAAGUAAUAAGAGCUAAGACACUACAAUAACAAAAUGUGGAAAAAGCCAAGGGGUCUGAAUAUUUUCCGAAUGUGAUAACAUGAUGUCUGUACUGUAGCUACUGAUUCAUUAUGAAGUGCUAAUAUGCGAGCCUGCUUCACGAAAUCUAAUCACUCAAAACUAGUGGUUCACAUGGUGCCUCGAUAUCCUCAAUAUUCUCUAAGUCCCAGUAAUUGGAAAUGGGUUCACUUCACAUUUAACACAAUUAACACAGGAGCAUAAUGGAUCAUGUUUGUAUUGGUAUUAUGUUUGUAUUGGUAGUUAAUUAAACAACACAAUACGUUUUGCAUUAGAUAGAUGGACUCAAAUAAUCGAAGUAUAGGUUACUUCCACUGUGUGGUAGCCCAAUAGGCAGCGCCCAGUUUGUCCCUAGCGGCAUGCUGUCGAAAUUGCUCAGUCCAGUUCAACAACAACUUUUCACGUGCGUGGACAAGCGACAUUCAACUUCUACACUGAAAUGCGGGCUCGUCAGCAUUUGCAGACAGUUUUUCCCACCACCUCCCAGAUGUCCCAACUCGACACAGGACAUGGGUUUGUCUAGUUGUCUGUCUGCCCUGUCUGCCCUUUCUCUCUCAGCCCUGCUCACCCUGGCCUUGAUAACAUGUUUACAAAUUAGAUACCUGUCUGACCAAAAGUUGUCACUGAUAAAGUUAACUAGCAAACAACAACCAGAUGAGACACCAAUACACCUGUCAGUAAGACCUGGUUUAGAGGAAGAUCCAGCAACAAAACAGGCCGGUGAGAGGGAGAUAGUGAACCUCCAGAGGGGUAGCUCCCAUCCAGCCCCCAGCCACAGAUUGCUGUGGGAAGGCCCCCAUCCAGCCAGCUCCAGUGGUCCCAGAGAGGCAGAGUGUAGGAGGGUAGCCCUGGAGAACCGCUUUGACUGCGCCCAGGACCGAGUUCUGAGCCAGACAGAGUGUCAGGGGAGAGGGUGCUGCUAUGCCCCCCUACCACAAGGCCUCUCUGGAGGACCCCCUUGGUGCUUUUACCCCCCGUCAUACAGCGGCUACAGGAUGGGGCCCCUCACCCCCACUUCCAGGGGCCAGGCUGCCACCCUUAUGAGGCCCACUCCCUCCUACCUGCCCCGGGAUAUCUCUACGCUCCGGUUGGAGAUCCUGGAUGAGACAGAAGGCCGACUGCACCUCACUUUGAAGGAUCCGUCGUCCCGGCGAUAUGAAGUUCCUUUAUCCACUGCCCAGUCCAGGGGUAGCACUGACACCCAGGACCACCAAUAUGUCACUGAGUUUCAACCCGACCCUUUUGGGUUCAUAGUGCGCCGAAAAUCCAACGGCCGUGUCCUUGUGAACACCACUGUGGCCCCGCUGCUGUAUGCUGACCAGUACCUGCAGCUGUCCACCUCCCUCGCCUCCUCACUGGUGUCUGGGCUGGGGGAACACUACACCCCCCUCAGCCUGGACCUCAAUUGGACCUCCCUUACCCUUUGGAACAGGGACAUGGCGCCCCACGGCGAUGCCAACCUUUAUGGCUCCCAUCCGUUCUACAUGGUGCAGGAGGGGGAUGGACAGGCUCACGGGGUCUUCCUGCUCAACAGUAAUGCCAUGGAGGUGGUGCUGCAGCCUAGCCCUGCUCUGACCUGGGUGGCUGUGGGAGGAAUCCUGGACCUGUACAUUUUCCUGGGCCCUGACCCUCAGAGUGUUGUCAGACAGUACCUCCAGGUUAUAGGGUACCCUAUGAUGCCUCCUUAUUGGUCACUGGGGUUCCACCUGUGUCGCUGGGGUUACCGGUCCACCAACGCAACCCGAGAGGUGGUGCGACGCAUGCACAACGCCAACUUCCCCCUGGACGUGCAGUGGAAUGACCUGGAUUACGCAGACAAGCGUCGGGUGUUCACCUUUGACCCCCAGCGCUUUGUGGACCUGCCAGACAUGGUGAAGGAGUUCCAUCAGAAGGGCAUGAAGUACAUUCUCAUCCUGGACCCUGGGAUCAGCAGCACCAGCCCCCCUGGUACUUACCCACCCUUUGAUGAGGGUCAGCGGAGAGGGGUCUUCAUCAGGAACUCUACAGGACAGACACUCAUAGGGAAGGUGUGGCCUGGUCCGACAGCGUUCCCUGACUUCACCAACCCAGAGACACAGAGCUGGUGGGAGGACUGCAUUCGGGAGUUCCACUCCAGAGUCCCGCUAGAUGGCCUGUGGAUUGAUAUGAAUGAACCAGCCAGUUUUGUGCAGGGCUCUGUGGAAGGGUGUCCUGACAGUGAUUUGGAUAGCCCCCCCUACGUGCCAUGGGUGGUUGGAGGACAGCUGAACACUGGUACACUCUGCAUGUCAGCUCAGCAGAACCUGUCCACUCACUACAACCUGCAUAACCUCUAUGGGCUGACGGAGGCUAGCGCCACCCACAGUGCCCUGGUGAAGGUCCGGGGGUCGCGACCCUUCGUGCUGUCCCGCUCCUCCUUCCCUGGCAUCGGCCGUUUCUCCGGAGUCUGGACGGGAGACGUGAGGAGCGACUGGGAGCAGCUCAGAUACUCCAUCCCUGCGGUGCUGCUGUUUGGCCUGUUUGGGGUGCCCCUGGUGGGGGCGGAUGUGUGUGGGUUCGGGGGGGACACCACAGAGGAGCUGUGUGUACGCUGGACCCAGCUUGGAGCCUUCUACCCCUUCAUGAGGAACCACAACGACAAGCCCAACGCUCCCCAGGAGCCCUAUGUGUUUGGUCAGGAGGCCCAGGCAGCCAUGCGUAGCGUGGUGAUGUUACGUUACUCUCUCCUGCCGUUCCUCUACACACUCUUCUACCACGCACACACCUCCGCAGACACCGUGGCCACGCCUCUCUUCCUCCAGUUCCCCUCGGACCCUAACUGCCAGACCAUAGACAGACAGUUCCUGUGGGGGAGUUCUCUGCUCGUCAGCCCAGUGUUAGAGCAGGGGGCAGUGGAGCUGGCUGCCUACCUCCCCCCGGGGACUUGGUACAGUCUGCACAAUGGCCAGCCGUUCUACAGUAAGGGACAGUACCUGCUCCUCCCAGCCCCUCUGGACACCAUCAAUGUCCAUGUGAGAGAGGGACACAUCAUCCCACAGCAGGAGCCAGGCCUGACUACCUCAGCUUCUCGCAGUAACCCUUUCCUCCUGAUGGUGGCGCUGUCUGCUGGGGGCUGGGCCUGGGGUGACCUGUUCUGGGACGACGGGGACAGUCUGGACACCUUCCAGAGAGGAGACUACUCCUAUGUUAUCUUCAUCGCUGGACAGUCCCAGGUGGUGAGUGACCCCCUGCGUCAGAACGGGGCGCUGGACGGGCUGGUGCUGGGAGGGGUGCGGGUGUUUGGGGUGCCCUCCCCACCCCGCUAUGUAUGGGCUAACGGAAAGAAAGUGUGGGAUUUCUCUUAUCGGACUGACACCAAGGUUCUGACGGUGACCAGCCUGGCCCUGCCCAUGUCAGAGGUGUUUGAAGUCCUGUGGACCUUGUGAGCCUUAUGAACUGUAUGACUGAGUGGACUCUGACCCAGUAGACGGCCUCUCAGGUGGUUCUGGAACUCCUGACCUCGCACAUCUCUGACAAAAACCUCCACCCAAAGUUGCCCCUCCAUCACUGCUACCCUGGGUAAGACAUUGCUCUAAUAGACUCCUGGGUUUCUGAAUGGACAGACUACACUGAAGAAUUUUUGGAAAUCAUGUUUUUAUAAUCAACUGUAUUUUCAAUAAAAUGAUGUGAACUGAGUGAACUGUGUGGGUUAAAGCUCUAUCAGAUAUCUCUCCAUUUCCUUGUUGUUGCAGAUGAGUGAUUACAUGACAUUGUCUCAGGUGAGAUGCUGAGACAGUGGUGUGAGAUAGAGAAUUGUGGUCAUUCUAGAACACUAGGCCGAAAUGUAUUGUUGUUUUACUAUUUUAAUUUGUCUCUAAGAAUAUAUAAAUCUGUUUUUUAUCUUUCUAACCUUUUAUUUUAUUUGUUAAGCACUUUUGAAAUGCAUCACCUGUAAGAAAUGUUCUCUAUAAAUAACAUUUGAUUGAUUGAUAAAUCUUGUGCUGAGGAGGACAGCAUUGGCUCUACACAAUUGUUUGAAUUAAUUGAAUAUGAAUCUAAAAUUGACCAGAAUAUGCCCAUUCUGUACUCUUCUAGUAUGAUGGUAGGCUCUGUGUUAAGUCUCACCAAAUUACUUCCAGUGAUAUUGCCACAUUGUUACCAUUAAAGGCAAUUGAUAGCUCUGGGUUUGUUUCCCCUAAGCUAAG